AUGGAAGUUAUCGCAUCUCAUCUUGCAAAAAGAAGGCUCCAAUUAAUCAAGUUCGCACAAGAAACACUUAAAAUAUUUACUGGAAGCACCACAGUGGCAUUUGCCGAUUUGGCCGUCGCCAGCAUUUGCAACACCCUUGAUAAGGCGAAUAUUACUAUUGACCCGAUUCUUCGCGUCGAAAGGGACUACAAGUCGAUUUAUUCCUGCACUGCCAUCCCUGUUAAGCACUUCCGCAUCUUUUGGGACAACGGCUUUCGUCAUGGAGAGUACUAUGACAACCUUGGUCUUAUGCCCUCUAUGACAUAUCGCUAUCAUAUGUUCUGUCCUCCUACCCACUCGGAAAACUUCAAUUUCUUGGACUCAUAUUCCUGGAUGCGUGAUAAUGGAUUCCUCGAUGUCACGCCUACAGACCCUCUCAAACUGGGACUCAAUCUUUCGUCUACAGCGUAUCACUACAUCGGGGCUAUGUUUGGUUCUUUCCAUGAUGUCAAAUCAUUACAAAGACCAAAGCAGGAAUCAGAAGAUGCUUGGUACUUGAUACAAGAACUCUCAAGCGUUCAAGUUGAGGACAAUUGCGACUGUUGGUGCAAUGAAAAUAAUCAUGGAUGCUCACCAAUGAAGCUAUUUCUCAAGUCUCAUCUUGACGAGCGACAUUUUGGUGACAAGGUGGACUACGAUAUACUGCAGCAAGUCAUCCUUCGUCAUACAAUGUUUGAAGAAUCACACUCUCACCAGGGUGAGAACCCUCCUGAUUUUGUCACUGAGCUUUUGCGUCUUCUUACGUUUGAGGCUCUUGAAAUGACCCACACAUGCUGCACAUUCGAAGUUAUCAGCGAUGACAUUGUCACCGAUCUUUUUUCUACAGCAAGCUGCAAGCCUGCUGCAAUAUUUGGUUGUAGAGCCGAAAAGGUUCGAGAAAUUCGUUCCUGUGAUGAAGAGAGAUUAAGUGCACGUCUACUUGAAGAUUUGAUGUCAGAGUUUACUUCACAGCUAAGGCGACAGGGCUCAGAUGCGCAGGCAUUUGAACGUUUUAUCACGGGUUACUGGCGGCGGCGAAUAUCAGAAAUACCACCCUAA